GGGCGCGGAGACACAGUGGCAAGCUCCUGCCGGGUGAGAGGGAGUGGGGGGGAAGAUCGGCCGCUGCCUUAACUGCGAAUCAGAGCUCAGUCAGGAGAGCGUGUGAGUUUCGGAGCGGCGGCGGCACCACCACCACCGGAGUUAGGGGCCAGACGAGUGGAUUCCGGAGGAAGCGGAACAUGGAGACGCGGGAAACGCUGGAUGUGUACAAAGAGACAAUAUGGCUGUAUCUGAAAAAGGGAAAGACGUAUGUGAAUGCACAUUGCCAAGGCCUGGAGCCCUGGCAAAUCAUUGCCAUCACUGCUGUGACCACUCUUGUGGGUGUGUGGCUGUAUGGGUUUCUAUUCCAACACCAAAGUAUUCCCUCAAGACUUAAAAAGUGCUUUUUCAAAAUUGUAAGAAAACUGCCUUUUCUGGCUGCUGCAGUACAGAAAAAACUUAACAAGGCACUGGAUGACCUUUCCACAAGCGUUUUAACCCUUAAGGAUGGAACGACGUACAUCACAUCCCUGCCUGCACAGGGCUUGGCAGAGCCUGAACUGCUGUUAAAGCUUAAAGACUACAGCACAAUGGGAGAGGUACAUUGGGAGAAAGGGCAAGUCUCUGGGACAGUGUAUAGUGGCGAGGAACAGCUCACAAAGCUGAUGGUGAAGGUUUAUGGAGACUUUGCUUGGAGUAACCCACUACACCCGGACAUCUUCCCUGGCGUGAGGAAGAUGGAAGCAGAGGUUGUUCGGAUGGCUUGUACUCUCUUCCGCGGGGGUCCAGAAUCCUGCGGGACGGUGACAUCUGGUGGGACUGAAAGCAUCCUUAUGGCUUGCAAAGCUUACAGAGACCUUGGGGCUGAGCGAGGAGUGAAAUAUCCUGAAAUUGUUGCUCCCAUAAGUGCUCAUGCCGCUUUUGACAAGGCUGCUCAGUAUUUUGGGAUGAAAAUAGUACAUGUAGAAUUGGACAAAAGAUCAAUGCAAGUAGACGUGAAGGCCAUGAAGAAAGCCAUUUCGAGGAACACAGUCAUGUUGGUCUGUUCGGUGCCACAGUUUCCCCAUGGUAUUAUGGACCCAGUGGAGCAAGUUGCCAAGCUGGCUCUGGAUUAUGAUAUCCCCUUACACGUAGAUGCUUGUCUGGGGGGCUUUCUUAUUGUCUUCAUGGAGAAAGCUGGUUACUCGCUGCCACCCUUUGACUUUCGUGUUAAGGGGGUGACGAGCAUCUCUGCCGACACACACAAGUACGGCUAUGCUCCCAAAGGUUCUUCGGUUGUCCUGUACAGCAACAAGAAAUACCGUCACUACCAGUUCUUUGUGGCUCCGGACUGGCAGGGAGGGAUCUAUGCAUCACCCACAAUCGCUGGAUCGAGACCAGGGGGGAUCAUUGCUGCUUGCUGGGCCACCAUGAUGUACAUGGGCGAGGACGGUUACAUUAAGGCCACGAAGAAGAUCAUUGAUACUGCACGACACAUUGAAGCACAGUUGAGGAAAAUAAAAGAAAUUUUCAUCUUUGGAAAGCCUGAAGUGUCUGUAGUAGCCAUUGGCUCUCAAAUUUUUGACAUUUUCCGUCUAUCAAAUGCAAUGACAUCCAAAGGAUGGAACCUCAAUACUUUACAGUUCCCUUCGAGCAUCCAUAUAUGUGUGACACUUCUGCACACCAAGGAUAGAGUGGCUGACCAAUUUGUUGAGGAUCUCCGUGAAAGUGUGGCUGAAAUAAUGAAGAAUCCUGACGAGAAAACCACUGGCAGGGGUGCUAUAUAUGGCAUGGCACAGUCAAUUCCUGAUCGUACCCUAGUGACGGAAAUAUCGCACGGUUUCCUAGACUGUCUGUACAGCACUGAGCUCCCCAAAGUUGAGAAAAACUACAUGAAUGGAGCCUCAUCACAGCAUUGAAACACAUGGAAAUAGGCUUUUAAAAAAGAAAUCAUGGAAUGGAUUGUAGGAAGUUACUUUGGAAAGGAAUUUGACAGGUCUGAGGUGUUGAGAAUCCAGUUCCCUUCUUUGAUUUUUUUUUUAUUGUGUUGCAACUUCAAUGGGAAUAUGGGAAAAUGCAAUCAGAUGCUCUGGGAACUGAUGUCUAUGAUUUUUACACCACUUUCAAAGCCCCAAAACCUUUCCUCUUUUCAAUUUUUAUCUCUAAAAUUGUAUCUUUCACCUGGAAUCCUUUAUACUUCACAAACGUGAGGUUGAAACCUUUUCUUAAAAAAAAAAUUCAAAUGAUUUCUCAGCAAAGUUUCCAGUAAAUUGUAUGUAGAGUUUUCCUAGGCAUUGAUUCACUGGAGAUUUAGCAGCAAGUGGCAAUUCACCUCGAUGCCUUCCCACUUUAUUCUUAAGGGUUUUUUGGCAGAGUUUUUCUCAAAGGAAACAAAACAGUUCAUGUAUUUGCUGGACUAUUUAUCACUGUCGCCAGGGAGAGGGUGGUCAUUAUUUGCAGCCCACCUGUAUCACACAGGUGGCAAAUCCACCAUAAAAUAUAGCAGUGAAGUUCAAUUUAGUCCUGGCAGCUGAUCACUUUCCUGCCCUAUCCGAUUGCAUACCUGAAUUGUCGGUGAUUCAGCAAUGGAAAAUUGAGACUUAAAAUGACUGUUAUCUUGUGGAUCAAGGAGGUAAGGGAAGGGGAUUUUGGACCCUUGAACUUGAUCAAUCGUAAGCCUCAAUCUUUGAGCCUCUGCCCAAAAUUCCCAAUAUUUUGGUCCCAUUUCAGGAUGAAUGCUGAGAGGAUUCACUACCUCAAAAAUAGUUCAGGUAAUUUCCAAAAGAAUAAUGCCAUGUAUAGUUGCUCCCAGUUAAAGUAAGACAGUUUUGAACCUAAACUAGGCACAAUUACAAUCAUUUACAAACAGGAGACCAAUUUUUGUACUGCUGUGGAAAGUACUUGCAGGCAUUAAUAAAAUUAUUCGUAAGGUAGUUCUAUUCUGAUAUGUUCAAAUUAAUCAGAUACUAUGAUACAGGCAUGGUCUAAAAAAAAUUGCUUCUUUGACAGCCUGCUAAUUAAACUCAAGUUGAAAUUCUUGGGCUGAAGUGCUCACUCCAUAAUUGGAAUAGACGGUUGAAUAAUUUCAAAUCGUGUGUUGUUGUCUUUGUGUUUCAGUUAUAUAAAUGACAGUGUUUCAGACAUUUUGUUGCUCCAUCAUUGUAGUGAAGCCGAAUGUGUGGCAGUUGGUAAUGCUUUGAAAUGCUGUAUGUCUGUAACGUGUUUAUUUAGCAACCUUUCUUGUGUAGAAGUUUCACACCAGUGUACACUUUACAAGGAAGCACUUGUGAAUAAUUAUGUUGAAAUUUUAACGGUACUUCAAUACUAUCUUUAAAACUAUACUGAUUUCUACUAAUCCUGAGAUCCUUGCCUACAAUCACUUUGUUAGCCUGGCUCUCAGUACACACAACGGUAAAUGUCGUCCUGCAUCAGUAAAAUACAUUCCAAACCUCUCAACCCCAAACUAAUCUGUUGCCUGUGGAACGCUCUUGUUGCUGAUAUUUCCUUUAUUCUUCUGUUCCAUUAAACUAGUGGUCACAAUGUUAGUCCCUUUAUGCAGGGAACCCAAACACAUGAACUUGUCACUGCUUGAAUCUUUGUGAAAUGGCCUCUCAGUUUGAACUGUGACAUGCUGGCAAUGUCCCAGACUGUAAAUUGGCAUCCACUUGGGAGGAGCAGCUGACUGUGCACUAUUGCUGACUACUCCCAAUGAUUGCACAUGACUUCCCCUUUGCUACUAGCUUCUUUCAGGGUAAAGGGAAAGAAAAUUCAACAAGAUACCCGAAUACUGUUCUUUGCACCAUCUUGCACAGCAUUCAAAGAAUUAAUGUGUUCCUCUGCAAAUAAUGCAAAGAGGUAUUAUACUGAGACUGGGUAAACUAAAGCAACGUGUUCAGGACUGUGCUGUCACUGCUCAACAUAGUUUUAAACCAGAGGCAGACAGUAUUCUGUCACAAUGUGAAAGGGCUGCAUUUCAAAUUGUCUUAAUAACUUGCAACAUUUGCAGAAAGAUUUGUGCACAAUUUUCUGACUUUUGAUAGGUCCUCUACCUUUUUUUAAAAAAAAGCAUAAAUUUAGCCUUUCCCAAGGUUCCCUCUCAGCCCUGGGUAACACUCAUUUUUCAGUCUUUGCAAGUGUACAUACCCAUCCUAUUUGCUCCAUUUCUGUUUGUGUGAGUCAGGAUGUUCCAUGAUCACCUUUCGGUUGGCUCUGAAGGAAUAACUGGGUCUUACUCCUAUUGUAUAUUCUCCUCACAAUGAGAAGGUACAAGAGCUUUUGUUGAGUUCACAAUACCAUUCGUGAAAACAAUUGUUUUUAUUGCCCUCUGCAUCACACAUUUCAAACAGGGGAGGAUAAAAUAGACCCAGUGAUGAUCUUUGAUUUGUUUACACAGGCGAAUAGGCUCCAGUAGGCCAAGAGUUUCUGCCCACUCCCAUUCCCCGAUUUCUUCAUUCUCAGAGUUGUGUGCAGCACUGGGUUUUUCUCAGAUGUAACUUGAAAAUCACAGACCUUUACUAGGCUGCAUGGUUAGCCAGGGCGAGGGCACUAUUUUCAUUGUUAGUUUACUUGUUGGAACUGUUCCAGGUAAAGCUUGUGUGUGUUGUGAAGUUUAUAGUUAGCCCUCAGGUGGGGUUUCAGGGCUGAGAUGGGGGUGAAGCUCCCACGUCUGGGUCAUUUGCAUCUGGACAACAAGGGCAUCUUUACAUGGCUAGUGUGUAAAAUGAUCUGGAUUAAUUCAUCGUAUUAUGUAUUAACACAUUUGUAAUUGAGAUUUGGUAAUAAAUCUAAUUUGUUGAAA